UUUCGUUCCUUUCCAAUCUUCUUCCGAAAAAAGCCCAUCAACUCAGUCCAUCAUCACCGGGGCACAUCCGCCGCCUUCUUUCAAACUCCAUCACCUGCGCCCCUACUCCGUGUGAUAUCUAUCUGCCUGGAAAUUCCAUUUCCCAGCUCUGCUUUCAUGUGCCGUGCGAUAGACGCUUAACUGUACGCUCGUGAAGUGUUCUAUCUACAAGCAUGGGCAAGAAGAGGCAGAAGAUAGUGCUCCCACCGGAGCUUCCGCGGGAAGUUCCGGAUGAAGAAGUCCAAGUAUCAGAUGACGACUUCGAUUUCGUUGAUCAAAAUCGAGAUUAUGCCAGUUUGUUGAAGAAUCUGGACACUAAAUCUAUUACAAAACAUGUUACUCGCAUAGCUGAUGUCAAAGAGGAUGCAGUUGAAGCUUUAUAUGAACGGAGAUCAAGGAAACGAUCACAUAUUGAAGAAAAUGAGAAGGAUACCAUUGAAGUAGAUCCUGUGGAUGCACUUCCCGUGAAGACUUUAGAUGGAAAACUUUAUUACAGGACAUUGUCAAGGGGACCAAAGAAAGUAGAAAGCAAACAGGACAGUGAACCUGCUGGUGGUGAUGAAGAUGCAGGCGGAAACAUAGUGAAACUGAGCAAGGCAGAGAAACGUGCAAAGUUUAAGAAAACAAAAAAAGAGGCAAAGAAACAAGCAAAGGAAGGAGUUGACCUGGAACAACUGCAUUACGCACCUCAAGCUGAAGUGUUGGAUGAGGUCAGGAAGGAGUUGAUAGUUGAAGAGGAUAAUGAGAAAAAGAAGUAUAAGCUUGCUGAGCUAGGUACAGCCUUGCUUACUGAUCCAGAAGCAAACAUCAAAUCUCUCAAGGAGAUUAUGCAGAUUUGUAAAGACGGAGAUCAUGAGAUAGUCAUACUUAGUCUCAAAUCUUUGCUAGCUGUUUUUAGAGACAUCAUUCCUGGCUACCGCAUUAGACUGCCAACAGAAAAAGAGCAGGAAAUGAGAGUGUCGAAAAUUGUUAAGAAAAUGCGAUUUUAUGAAUCAACCCUCUUGUCUUCGUAUAAGGCCUACGUGCAGAAGCUGAUUGCACUAGAAAAGAACGAUGUCUGCAGACGUGUGGCUAUGCGCUGCAUUUGCAUUCUGCUUGAGGCAGUUCCUCACUUCAAUUUUAGGGAUAGUCUGGUGACUGCAGUUGUAAGAAACAUAAGCUCUCAGGAUGACAUUGUAAGAAAACUUUGUUGUGGAGCUGUAAAGUCACUUUUUACAAACGAGGGGAAACAUGGUGGUGAGGCUACCGUAGAGGCUGUUCAGCUGAUUGCAAACCUGGUUAAAGUUCACGAUUGUCAGUUGCAUCCUGAUUCUAUAGAGGUUUUAUUGUCCUUAUAUUUUGAUGAAGACCUUGGGAAGCCUGAAACGUCAGAGGCAGAUAAUAAGAUGAGCAACAAAAAAUAUAGGACAAAGAAGUUUAGGGAGUCAUAUCAUGCCUCAGAGAAUGAGAAGAAGAAAGCUAAAAAAGAGAUGAUGUCAAAGACAAGAGAGGAGAUUAAUGCAGAACUAAAAGCUGCAUCAUUUGCCAAAGAUGUGGCGGAGCGGAGAAGGAUGCAAUCUGAAACACUAUCAGCUGUAUUCCAGAUAUUUUUCCGUGUCCUGAAGCAUGCUGCUAUACAGUUUAGGUCUGCAACAAGUUCUUCUCCUGCUGCAUCGUUGAGUCAUCCUCUUCUUGCUCCUUGUCUGAAAGGAAUCGGAAAAUUCUCUCAUUUGCUUGAUGUGAUGUAUAUGUCUGAUCUCCUGAAGUAUCUGAGAAAACUCGCCGGGGGUGGUGUCAACGUCAACGGUUCUUCUGAAAGUGAUUCAACAAAUUUGACAGUAACUGAAAGGCUGCAAUGUUGCAUUGUUGCUUUUAAAGUCAUGAGAAGAAAUCUAGAUGCCCUGAAUGUAGAUCUUCAAGAGUUCUUUGUCCAACUUUAUAAUAUCAUACUCGAGUAUAGGCCUGGAAGGGAUCAGGGAGAAGUGUUAGCCGAAGCAUUAAAGAUCAUGUUGUGUGAUGAUAGGCAGCAUGAUAUGCAAAGGGCUGCAGCUUUUAUAAAACGCCUAGCGACUUUCGCCUUGUGCUUUGGUUCUGCGGAGUCCAUGGCAGCACUGGUUACCUUAAAGCAUUUGCUCCAGAAGAAUGUGAAGUGCCGGAACUUGUUAGAAAAUGAUGCCGGUGGUGGUUCGGUUUCAGGUGCCAUUGCGAGAUACCACCCUUAUGCAACGGACCCAAACCUCAGUGGGGCACUUUCAUCAGUUCUUUGGGAGCUGAAUCUCUUAACAAAGCAUUACCAUCCAUCCGUGUCCACAAUGGCAUCUGGCGUUUCAGCCAUGAACACGGCGAACAACCAGAUUCUUCAUUCCAACACUUCUCCUCAGCAGGCAUUCAUGCAAUUAUCACUCGAAAAUGAAUCCUUCAUUCCAAGGAGUGACAAUAAGAUGCCAAAGUUUAAGCGGAAACAGGGGCCCACCUCUUUUGGAACGGGGUUAACAAAUGUCGAUCUGACGGUUCAGGUGGAUAUGGAUGUGGUUAGGAAGAAGUUAACUGAACAUUUUCUCCAAAUCCGUGACAUUGCAGAAAACAAACGGCUAAGGGCUGAAUUGGACAACACAACAUCAUCACUAGAGCUCUUUGAACAGUUUCGUUUACAGAAGAAAAGGAAAUCGUAAUUUGAAUUUCAUUUUUCUGCAGGAAUUAAUAUUUUUGCCCUGUUUUGUUGUUGUAGACUUCAUUGAUGCUCUUGUAUUAUUUUUUCUUUGAACAAUCUACACUUUGUUUUGUGAUCUUCAAAAUUCAAAUUGCGUCUGAUUAGAAUCGAUAACACGAUGUUGUUUUGUAAUCAUUUAUAAUUCAAAUGAGUUUUUUGAACUAUUUUAUUUA